AUGCUAAGCAAUGCCAUUGAGGCGCUCUACAUCUUUGAUCAACACAAUGAAUCGAUCCUAGAACAUGUCUACCGCUCCAGGCCAGCUUCUGCCCGACUCAUCCUCCCCCUCUACCUCGCCCAUCCCACACCCCGACCCUCCCUAAUCUACCUCCCAAACGUAAAUCCUCCGACCGUCCUCUUCUCCGUCAUCCAUAACAACCUCUUAUUCCUAUCACCUGUGUCGACAGAGACGGAGCCAUUGUUCGUGCUCGAGUUCCUUCAUCGAGUCAUCGAUGUCUUGGAAGAGUUCAUUGGCGACCCGCUGUUGGCGACUAAAAUAGAAGGUAACUAUGAUGUCGUGGCUCAGCUCUUGGGUGAGAUGUGUGAUGCUGGCAGCGUCUGCAAUACAGAGCCGAAUGCGCUGAGAGACGACGUCGAUGUAUCCGGCUUUCUUGGGAAGUUGUUAGGUGGGGUAGCUCUACCUGGGUCAUCGCCCGCAUUAUUGCCCUCUGGUGGCUUGAAGCAACAAAUGAGCCUGAACCCUACAUCCAAUGGCCCUGCUAUUCCCUGGCGACGCGCUAACGUUCGUCACACGAGUAAUGAGCUGUACGUUGACAUUGUCGAAAGUCUAUCGGUCACUCUUGCGCCAUCUGGUAGGCCUCUAGCUGCCUUCGCAAAUGGAUCCAUCGCAUUCACGUCCAAGAUCUCGGGUGUCCCGGACCUGCUUCUCACCCUCUCAGCAUCCGGCGGGAAGCUAGGUAUGGAAAAAGCCAUCGAGCUGCCGGUUUUUCACCCAUGUGUGAGGUUAGCUAGGUGGAAAGAAAGACCUGGCGAAUUGAGCUUUGUCCCACCAGAUGGCAAAUUCAUGCUAGCUGGUUACGAGGUGAACCUUAUGCCUUCCAAUCUAGACCUCAAAUCUUGGUCGAACACGAACCUACAGCUGCCGGUCUCGAUCGAAGUCACUAAGUCACUCGGUCUCAUCGGCGCGGACUUCGAAGUCCGCCUGAUCCUGUCUUCGAUCUUGCCUGGCGCAUCUACAUCAGCAUCUGCCUCCCGUCCUAAUCUGGGCACAGGAGGAUCUGGCAGAUCGACGCCAAUAUUUGGUGGCAGCGCUUCCGGACCUACAUUACAAAACGUUGUUGUCACCGUUCCAGUCCCGAAAGCCGUACGGAAUAUCACAGACCUACGCGCCAGCCGCGGCGAAGCCUACUUUACCCCAGCGGACAACGUUGUUGAAUGGCGAUUGCUGACCAAAGAUGCGGCAGCGGCUGGCAAUGCAACUUUGCGUUGUACGAUCGUAGGGCCAUUGACGGGAGACGACGAGGACGGAGCCAACGGCUUCACCUUCGACGCUGCAAAUGGUGAUUAUGACGAUAAAGAAGAGACAUACCAAAGCUCCGCACUAGAUGCUCCCACGAAGAGUUCCGCGAAAGAGCAGAACCAGUCCCGUGAUCAGAGAAAGAUACAGCAGAAUGCUUCAUUUAUGCCAUCGUCGGCUUCUGUCAGCUUUAGUGUAAAGGGGUGGCUAGCGAGCGGUAUCAGAGUGGAUGGACUCGUGCUCGAUACGAGGAAGAGUAGGGGAUUGGGUGAAGGCGUGAAACCCUACAAGGGCGUCAAAUACUUGACGGUCAGCAAGAAAGGGGUAGAGACGAGGUGUUAA